GAUCAGAGCCGAAAAGGAAGCUCAAGUCUCAGAAAAACAGAAAACGGAAGAGAUGUGAGGAAGAAGAGGAGCUUCCAGAAGUGAAGGACAUCAGCGGUGAUGAAGACAGUGAAGGAGCUGAAGCUCAAACCUGCAGCGAGCAACUAAAGACUGAACACAAAGCGGUCCAGCAGGUGGAGGUGGUUACGUUUCAGGACCCCACGAAGAAACCAAACACCAAGUGGACUCCAGAAUCCAACAAAACACUC